UUCCGGAGCACGAGGAUAAAAGCAAGCUGAAAUGUUUUGUUAUUGUAGUCUUCUCCAACUUCAGCUAGUUUCAUUUAACAAAUCUGUCUAGACAUAUGUAGCUCUCUGUUUUCUAGCAGCGUUAGCACUACCAAUGGACGCUUUGCACAGACACCGUUCACUUUAUAAAGGAACGACGCCGCCAUGGAAAGAAACAUACCGAAAGCGGUGUGUAGACAGGCUGAAAAACAGCCGGUCGAGGCUGCUGGACAGGUACCGUCAGAUGGGAGAGAGCCCGCAGCGCUGCGGCUCCGGGGCCUCCAUCAUCGUCCAGGAGGUGAUGGAGGAGGAAUGGACCGCCCUGCAGUCAGAGAACCGGACACUGCCCUCGCUGUGGGGGCCAGAGGGCAUGGCAGAGAUGUUCAGUGUCAUGAAAGAGUAUGAUGAGCUGGCAGUGCUGGAGGAAAUCCAACAAGAGCUCAUGUCUCAAGAAAUGUCUAUUAUUGAAGAAUACGAGAAAAACCUGCUGUUUGAGCAGCAGUACAUAUCGUCUGUUGUGGAAGGGAUGGAAGAGAUGCAUAUUAUUUGCCCCAUAUGUCACAUGAACAACUUGAAUAUCAACAGCCAUUUCAUCUCCUGCCCCUGCGGACUGUACAUCAACACUAAGAAACAGAACAUCACCCCCGACGUCCUGCGACAUCUUCUGGAGUCCAGGGUGUCGGAGCACAUGGAGGACUGUCUCCACAACCCCGUCUUCUCUGUAGCUCCCAACACAGACGGCUCUCCCAACCUGAUGAUAAGCUGCAAGGUUUGUGACUACCUGUCCAUCGUCCUGUGAGUGACUUGACUCGAGGGAUUGGAUUUUGAGUUUUUUUUCGUGUUCUCUGUAUGUUCUGUGAAUAAAGCUAUAUUUUAUAUUUAA